CCGGAAACUGGCUAUAGCUACGCGUUUAUAGAGGUAGUCAAAAGUCCAGGCAGUAGACUUUGAUAGUCCUGUAACAAUUUUUUAGAUUUUGGUUGAACCUUAUCUUCAAUACCGCAUGAACUGCAGGGUGAUGUUGAGGAGUGUAUUCAGGUGCCUUAGGACCAAUCCUGUCGCUGGCCAAAGAAGCAUGUCUCAAAGCAGCCUUGCUGGAAAGGUAGCCGUUGUCACUGCCUCCACAGAUGGUAUUGGUCUAGCUGCAGCUCAGGCUCUGGGAAAGAGAGGAGCUCAUGUGGUGGUGAGCAGCCGGCGGCAGACCAACGUGGACAAGGCUGUGGCGCUGCUGCAGAGCCAGAGCAUCCAAGUGACCGGGACCACCUGUAAUGUUGGCAUAGGGGAAGACAGAGAGAAACUGGUUCAACUGACUCUGGAUCAGUGCGGGGGCAUUGAUAUCCUGGUGUCCAACGCAGCAGUCAACCCUUUCUUUGGAAGCGUCAUGGACUCCACGGAGGAGGUCUGGGACAAGAUCCUGUCUGUAAAUGUGAAAGCCGCCUUCCUAAUGACCAAGUUGGUGGCGCCUCAUAUGGAAAAAAGGGGAGGGGGGAAUGUAGUAUUUGUGUCAUCUGUGGCUGGAUACCAACCAAUGCAGGCUCUGGGCCCUUACAGUGUGAGUAAGACAGCACUGCUGGGUCUGACGCUGCUGGCCCCUGAGCUGGCUCACAGUAACAUAAGAGUCAACUGCGUGGCCCCUGGAGUCAUCAAGACCCGCUUCAGCUCUGCGUUAUGGCAAAAUGAGGACAUCAUGGACGAUUUCAAAAAGCAGCUCUGCAUUAAAAGAGUGGGACAGCCAGAGGAAAUGGGAGUGAUUGCCUUCUUGUGCUCAGAGGAGGCUUCGUACAUCACUGGAGAGACCAUCACAGUGACGGGAGGGAUGAGCUGUCGACUCUGAAGCUCCAGUGGCAACUGAACAAAUUAGCACUUAAUGUUUUGAUUAUAUUUUGACUACUCUUCUAAAGUGCCAGAAUAGAUUUGGAAACCUUAAAGGGACCGUUCAGCCCCAAAUCAAAUACACCUAUUUACCUUGAUCGUUUUGGUGUGAGUUGCUGAGUGUUGGAGAUGUCUGCCUUCUCUCCAAUAUAAUGGAACUAGAUGGCACUCAGCUUGUGGUGCUCAAAGCGCCAAAAACGUACAUGUGAAAAACUCAAGUGUGAUGUCACUGCCCAGAAAUCAUGACCUGGUUACUCAAGAUAAUCCACAGACCUUGUUGCGAGCAGUUUCAUGUAGGAACUAUUUUCUUUCUACCAAACAUAUCACUGCGCAAAAGGAAGUGUGCAUCUACUCAACAUUAAUGGUGUCCUCCUCAGCUAAGCUCAGUCGUGCUAGGUGAGCUAGCAGUAGAUGCACUCUUCUUCCUUCUGCGCAGUGAUAGGGUUAAGGGUGUAGUCUGGUGGAAAGAAAUAGUUCCUACAUCGAACUGCUCACAACAAGGUCUGUGAGUAACCAGGUCAUGAUUUCUGUAAAGACACAUCUCUACCAACACUCUGCAGCUCACAGCAAAACAAUCAAAGUUAAUAAACAGCACUGCAGGUAAGAGGAAAAAUAUGUAUUUUUGAUUUUUCAGUGAACUGUUCCUUUAAUGUGAGAGCUAUAAUACACCAAUCUCUGAGGCAUUCAAAAUUUUGUAACCAAUUACUGAAGAUUUUGGGUUCUUUUAGGUGUCCCGGGUGAUUAUUUGUGAUAUUCUGUGAAUAAAGAUUUAUAUUCUCUGAUA